AUGGACCACCGUGAAUUAGAUGACCUCCAAACCUCCCUAAACAAUGCGCUAAACAAUUUGCGCGUCGCGAUGGACGAGUCGAUGCUGUCCCCUUUGUCUUCACAGUAUGGAAUCGACAUGCACCCUUUGGAUAGCCUAGACCAGCCCACGCCAGUUGGUGUAUACAAAGCCCGCCGAGCAGCACUAGCAUGUGUUGCAGAGCUCAAGAAUCUUCUACAACAUCCUUUUGAGAAAGCCGCUGAGAGCACCUUCGCCAUGUAUGAUUUCGCUACCGUUCAAGUCUUUGUUGAACAUGGCAUUGUGGACCGCAUGGCAAAGGAGCCCUCUGGUAUCUCUGUCAAAACUCUUCAGUCAGAACUGAACCUCGACUCCCAUAAGCUCACCACAGUAUUACGCCAUCUCUCAGCUUGUGGUUGGAUUCGAGAGACUCAGGAUGGCAUUUUUGCCAUGAAUCGCUCUUCUCGCAUUUUACUACAAGGCCAAAGGGGCCGUGCAUUGAUAUCGGUUCCCGGCAACAUGAAGAUCGCAGAGGCUCUUCCUCGAUGGCUGACACAUCCCGAGUUCAGGUUCUCUAAGUCUCCAGAACAUACCGCAUUUCAGCUCGCGAAUGAUACUACGAAGCCAUUCUUCGAAUGGGUGAAAGAUGACAGAAAUUAUCUCAAUCGUUUUGCAGCUUGUGUUGAGGCACUCGGAGAAUAUGUAACCCCAGGAAUCUUAUCGGACUACCCAUGGCAAACGUGCUUGAAAUCAACUAUUGUUGAUUGCGGGGGAGGUAAAGGAAGCCUAGCUAUCGCCCUCGCUAAUAAAUUCCCUGUCCUCCGUCUUGUUAUCCAGGAGAGGGAGGAGAUGGUCCAGCUGGCUGAAGCUAACAUCAAGGCCCAUUUAGACCCCAACUCAGUUCCUGGCACAGUAGUCGCCGAAGCCCACGACUUGUUCUCUGCUCAACCGCGCACUGGGAAUAACUAUACCUUCAUGCUACGACAUGUUCUGCACAACUGGCCCGAGACUCAAGCUGUGAGCAUCCUAGAGAAACUCGCUGCUGCUGCAGGACCAAAGUCCAAGAUCCUGAUCAUCGAGAGAAUUUCUGGGCACUAUCCCGACAUUCACGUCCAGCUUGAACAAGACCCAGCGAACACAACUGAUAUUACAACUCCUGCUUCCCUCAUAACCGAGCAAACCCUUCUCAAUUCCUCGUCCCGCAUGCCGUACGCACUCGCUUUGCACCUCUUGUGUAUUUUAAAUUGUCACGAAAGAACGCUGGAUCAGUGGCAGACUAUAAUUUCUCGGGCUGGUCUUGUCGUCACAGGGCUGUACAAGCUUAGGGCUUACGUGUCUGUCAUAGAGUGUCGAGUUAUUCACACAUAGACGAAAGUUGAGAUGACCUAUAACAUGUCUAUGUUGAUAACGUGUUAUCCGCUAUAAUAUGCAAAUUGGCGCCGAGGAGUCUUACCGAACGGCACGUAUCAAACUAUAGCCAGGCUGCACCGUAAUCUAAAUUUGCCUUCGGAGCUGACAACGAGC